UUGCUGAGCUUUUAAAUGUGUAACCAGCCAUGUGUUCAAUUCGAGUAUUAUUAACCCAGCCCUGUUGCGUAGCCAGCCGCUCAUUCAUUCUGUCAGACGGAGCGCAUAUUUCAGAGACGUCCGCUUUAAUGCUGGUUUAAAAGCCUGAAAGAGCAGCCGAGACACGUUUCCCCGCGUCCGCCUACGGCCGACAGACUGCACCAAUGGCCUCCAGCAUACCGGAUGAGGUGAUGAUGAACGCUGCUCUGAUAAAAGAAUUAGCCGAUGUGGCAAAAGAUGAAGCCCUUCUGCAGGGAGUAUUAAUGAGGACCAAGGAGACCACGAACUCAUCUGAGUUGGUGACGUACGCUCCGUUCACUCUCUUCCCUUCGCCUGUGCCCAAACCUGUGUUCCACCAGGCUCUUGCAGUGCAGACCCACUUCAACACAAUGGUGGACAAGAUCAGCCAGGACACAGACUUCCUGCAGGAAGCUUUAGCCAGCACCAUUGAAGUAGACGAUUUCACUGCGAGGCUGUUCAAGAUCCACCAGCAGAUCCUAAAAGAAGGAAGGUCUCAGUCUAUUGUGUUGGGUCUCAAUCGUUCUGACUACAUGUUGGACCAGAAGGAUGAGAAAACGUCUUCUCUGAAGCAGAUCGAGAUCAAUACUAUUGCUGCAAGCUUUGGCGGCCUCUCCUCACGCACGCCUGACGUACACAGACACAUCCUGAAGGUGUGCGGCAGGCUGGAGGAGAGCCGUCAGAUCCUGGCCAACAACCCUGCGGCCGGUCUGGCCAGGGCACUCGCCAAAGCCUGGGAGCUGUACGCAUCAGAGAGAGCGGUUGUCCUGUUCUUGGUGGAGGAAGUCCAGAGGAACAUCUUUGACCACCGCUACAUUGAAAGUGAACUCUGGAAGAGAAACAUCCCCUCAGUAAGAAAACGGUUUGAUGAGGUCUAUGAAACAGGAUCUCUUGAUCCGGACAAGCGGCUGUUUGUGGAUGGAAAAGAAGUAGCAGUGGUGUACUUCAGGGACGGUUACAUGCCACAGAACUACAUCAACGAACAGUGCUGGGAUGUUCGUCUCAUGAUGGAGCGCUCUCGGGCUGUAAAGUGUCCAAAUAUCAGCACUCACCUGGCCGGAACCAAGAAGGUCCAGCAAGUGCUGACCAGGCCUGGAGUUCUGGAGCGUUUUUUCCCAGAACGGCCCGAGGUGGUGCAACAAAUCAGGGCGACUUUUGCUGGCCUCUACACGCUAGACGUGGGACCAGAGGGUGACAACACGGUAGCGAUGGCCUUGGCAGAACCAGACCGGUUUGUUCUGAAACCUCAGCGAGAGGGAGGAGGUAACAACAUCUAUGGCUCUGAGAUUGUCCGGGUCCUAGAGGCGGUGAAGGGGAGCACAGAGCGGACGGCCUAUAUCCUGAUGGAUAAAAUUAAUCCCGCUCCCGUACAGAACUACUUGCUGAGAAGAGACGCUCCCCUGGUGAUCAGUAACUGUCUGAGUGAGCUGGGAGUGUUCGGGGCGUAUGUCAGGCAGGGGGAGCACAUGGUGAUGAAUGAGUGCGUUGGUCACCUGCUGAGGACCAAGAGUUCAGAGCACGAGGACGGGGGCGUGGCCGCCGGCGUGGCCGUUCUGGACAACCCUCUACUCGUCUAACGAGUCACCGGACCCACACAGACUGUUGUCACACUGUGGCCCAGACUGAAAGACCAGGAACGCUAAAAAGCUUAGGUCCAGCUUCACCUCAUAGCACUGAGAGACCGCGCAUCCAUCACUCCAUUAGAGAUGCUGGGCACAGGAGUUCUUUGUAUAACGUGUAACAUGCUGGCAGAGGCCUUCUAAGAACCCUUUUGGCAGAUUUUAAAGCGUGGAUUGUUCUGGUCAAAAACGUUCCUGCUUUCAAAUAUAACCUGACACGUUGUCAGGGUCGCACAUUUAAACCCAGCAAGGGAUGGGGAUGCCUAAAGCUUGUCUCGAUCUGCCCAAGUCCACAAAAACAGACAUCCAUGUUCUCUUUAAAUGUAAAAUGUAUAGUCUGAUACAUUUUUAUUUCACAUCUUGUAAUGUUUCCAUAGAAUAUUCAGUGUUCCUUGUAGGAAAAGGGAAAAUAUUUUUAAACAUUUAAAUGUGUUUUCUAUAAUCGAGCUUCCUAUCUUUGGAACAAGACUGACACCUAAUGGCAUUGAAGCAUAAUUACACUACUUGAACAGUUGACAGGUUUUCUUCCAUGUUCUCCUCUCAGCCUCCAGGGGCAGCUCUGACUGCAGCCCUGAUGGAAGUCUAGUUUAAUACUAAAGCGUUUUAUUGUUUGAUUGAUUCCAAAUAAAACGGGUAGCAAAGUUGUUACUCAAUUAAACAUCAAAUACCAUGGCAGAAAAUCAAGAAAGUGACCUUAUGACUGCUUUUUUGUUUUUUUACAUUUUAGAUGUAGUUAAAGACUGAAAUUAUUGAAGAAAAUAAUGAAGUGAGUGAAGAAAUUAACAUUCAGUCACUAUUGUUUUUUUCUUAGUUGAAAAACAAACAUCUUUUCACAUUGGAAGAGAUAAUCUGAGUUACUACAAAACAUAGUAACAUCUUCACAAGCAGAUUAACUGGACCACAACACUGAUUCUGAAGUUCUCUACAACUGGAUUAUAAUGAAAUAGUUCAACGGCAAAUGAAGACACUAUGCUUUCCUUGUUAAAAUAAUAAAUUAUUAUAUAUUUUAUAUAAUAAAAUCAAAUGUGGGACUAUCUUAUCUAAAUAUAUUUUAUAUAUGAUGUACCAUGUCACAUUUAUUUUUCUGCUGGGAUUCAUAGUAGUCGCCUGCAGAAUAGUUUUGUGAAAGUUUAAAUGGUUUAAAUUAACACAAAUGAGUCUCGGCAGAUCAUCAACAUAAAUCAAUGACCAAAUGUUUUCCUCUGGACCAAAAGCAGAAAGUGGACAUUAAAUGAAACAUCUGGAAACCUG